AUGGCUACCGGGAUCCCAGGCUACAAAGUGAUCCUUCACGGCGACUACGGCGUUGGCAAGAGUUCCAUCUUCAGAAGGUUCUUGAACAACACCUUUACCACGGCAACAGGAAGGCACUCGACCAUAGGACUCGACCACUGCACCCGAGUCUUCAAGGUCGGCACGCAGUCUGUCAAGUUAACGCUCUGGGAUACGGGCGGGGUGCAGAGGAUGUCCUAUCUAGGGUCCAGCUACUAUCGAGGAGCUCAUGCAGCCCUUCUUGUGUACAGUCUCAGCAACAAGGACACGUUCGGCGUCUUGUCCCAGUUCAUUCUGGACAUCGUCAUGAACGCAGAGGGCGCUAAGAUAUUUCUGUGUGGCAACAUGGCGGACGCCGUUAACCCGGAACAGGAAAGUGGCCAGGUCACGGAAGCAGACUUGGAGCAGUUCAUGUCGCAGUGUGACGAUGUCUUCUCCGGAGUCUACCAGGUCUCGUGUAAAGACAACAAUGGGUUAGAAGAAAUGUUCACAGACAUGGCGCGUGUGUUACAUCGAGAUUCUGUGUCCCGUUUGACUUUACGCAGGGAUCUUGUUAGACCAGGCGACACGGAGACGGCGAAUUCGGAGAAAAGCAGUUGUUGUUGA